GUUGCACUAUCUAUGCAGGCAGCGGAUGUUCGCUUAAUUCAUAGACACGACAUUUAGUACGCAUUAUUAAAGUGUAACGUCAACAUUAUUUGAUUUUCUAUUUACAAUUACUUGUUCUUAUUAUUCAUGGAAAUUAAUAUCAAUUAUGUCAUUGGUAUUCGAUGCAAAUCCUGGUAUAGAUGUACCAGCAAAUAUUGCAAAAGAAAGUAUAAACUUAAAUAUCUUAGAAAAGAUAGAAAAUGAUUUGGACAUAGACGAUAUAGUUUCUAUUCUAUUUUUAAUGGUUAGCGAUUAUAAAAAUGCAUUUUCCAAAAUACAUAAACUUUAUUGUAAAGCUAAGAAUAACGAAACAUCUGUGAUCGCAGAAAUUGUCAAAGACAAUCAAAAAAAUUGGGAGGACAAAUUGUUAGAAUCUAUUUGUAUUUGUAACAAUCGGGAAGUUACCAAAAAAUUAGGUUUACGGUUCGAAGACUUGGAAAUAAGGUACUUACCGAAAAAUAGAUUAUUUGCGAAAACAUUAAAUCCUAUUGCAAAAUGUUUAUACUUAUUAUGUGAAUCUUUAACUAUGGAAGACACAAAAAUGUUAUUGCGUCUAGUUAAAGAGGAUAAAGUCAAGUAUGAACCAACAUUGGAGGAUACGGAUCAAUUAGAAUUACAUCUAUUAUAUUGGAUGAGUAUCGAAUAUAUCUGUAUUUCAUCAGAAAAGCAAGGAAAUUUGAAAAAUUUGUUGAAACAUUUGAAGACCUUUGACGAUGUAGAGUUAAUAACUCUAGACUUGGCAAAGUAUGACGGACAUCAUUUGCAUUCAUCGAGCGCGGAUACUUCGGAAAAUGUUUGUUCCAUACAAAAUUUCAAUAAGUCCAAUGUAAUGGAAAUAGAAAAUAAUGAAAAAAGUAUACGUAAAAUAAAAAAAGGAUUGUGCGUAAUUAUAAAUCAAAUGUAUUUCCGUGGAUCGCAGUACGAAACUCGCUAUGGAACAAAUGCAGAUUCUAAUAAAUUAUCGAAAACGUUCAAAGGAUUUGGAUUUGCUGUUCAUAUUUUGGAAGAUUUGAAGAAAAACGACAUGCUCUUAAAUAUCAGAAAUCUAUCGAAAUUAUUUGGCUCCGAUUAUGACUGUAUAUUUGUAUGCAUAUUGAGUCAUGGCUGCAAAGGAAAUAUUAUUACGUGCGACGAGGCAGAAGUAUCCAUUGAAAGUAUUGAAAAUGCUUUUUGUUGUCCAGAAUUUACUGAAGUAAUGAAAAUAGUUAUUAUUCAAGCUUGUCAAGGGAAAAUAGCAGGAAAAGUUCCUGUUAACGGAAAUUCGUUAACAACGGAUGGACUGGAGGAUGAUCCUGUGACAGCUGAUAUAACGGCGCGGAAAAAUUUUUGCAUUUUUAUGUCAACGUUGCAAGGCUAUGUGUCUGUGCGCGAUAAAUUACGAGGUUCCUGGUUUAUUCAAGAAUUAUGCGAUGUACUCCAACAAAAAGAAAGGAAAGUAACGUUUUUCGAUUGUGUUACGAAAGUUAUGCAAGCGGUACAAAAUAAGCGUGGAAUUAUGGGUAACGAAUUGGUUGCUCAGUUACCCGAAUUACGCAUGCUUCGUUUGAAUACUGAUUUCGAAUUUCCUCGGUACAAUAAUCCUUGAAUACGAGAAAAUAUAACUUAAUAUAAAUAAUUAAAUGUGACACACAAAUUUUGAUACACUUUCCUAUCUACGAGAAGCGCGUAAUUUACUAAAUAUAGUAAUAUUACAAUAGAUGGCGAGAUAUUAGAUUUAAUGUAACAAUUAUAGAUAUGAAGUUAAAUA